GUUCACUUGUCAACAAACCUGCAGUGGAUCUGCGGAGCUUCUGGAACCCACGAUGGAUUCUCUGGAGUCACUGGAUGCCGGAGGCGGGAAGAGACGCAGCCGGAGAACAUGGGUGAUUCUCGGCGUCGUCGCCGGCGUCCUGCUGCUGUGCGUCACCGUGGCUGUGGUGAUGGUGACAGUCCCUCACAAACCAGAGCGAUUCAAAGGAACUUUCAUCAGCAGGUGUGAGCUGUUCCAGGGGUACGACUGUGAAAAGUUAUGGUCUGCGUUCCAACAAGCCUACGUAGGCAAGGACCCGUGUAACGUUCCCUGGGAAGCCUACGACCCUCUCAUCACCGAAGCCCCCUUCAGACCAGCAUGCAACAGAAUGAUGUUCUGGAGCAAAACAAAAGACUUGGUCCAGGAUUUCACUGAGAAGCGUGACUGUUUCCUCACCCUGGAGGAGACGGUGCUAGGAUUUGUCCUGGACGGUCUGACAUGGUGCGGGGAGGAGGGCAGCAGCGAAACGUUCACGAGCGGCUGCCCCGGUUGGGGGGACUGCGAGAACAACCCCGUCGGCUCGUUCUGGAGAAGAGCCUCGGCUGCUUUCGCAGAUGUUGCCUGUGGUGACGUCAGCGCGGUGCUAAACGGAUCCAUCGAGACGCCAUUCAGCACCACGAGUAUCUUUGGCAGCAUCGAACUCAAGAUGUUCAAGUCCCCUAGAGUGAGAAGCCUGAAGAUCGUUCUGGUCUCACAGGAGAACGCUGUGUCAAACUGUACGAAUGCUUCUUUUAAGGAUUUACAGAAAGAGCUGGGUGCGGGAAUUAAAUACAACUGUACAGACAUGACUGAAUCUAAGUUCAACGAGUGCAGCUCUGAUCCAGAGAAACCUUGCGGCCCCUGCUGGUGAAAAUGUCCAAUGACAAGAGAAAACUUAAACCUGCUGUAAAUCUAGUUUGUUUUUCAUGAAUCAAAAUGUGCCUUAAAAAUGUAUUUUGUAGAUUUUAGGCCAGUUUGACAUAAUGUGAAAUUAUGUGUUAAAACUUUUUGUAUUUUGAAAUGGAAAGAUUCAGGGUGUGAUGAGGAGUUUUGUAACAAGUUUAAACGCCUUGUCAUCGAGGGGAAAGUACCACUGCUUAAUGGUAAAUUAAUGUUUUUAUAUUUAGCGCUUUGCUUGUGAUUGAUAACCACAAGCUACUCCGUCCUCAUUAUCUUUGACUGACAACCUCAGGUGCUUUCGUCAUUUCCUGUAACUGUUUUAUAGUAGAACCCAUCCGAGGGAUGAUGCACAGCCUGCACUCGCACUGUAUUUACCCCGCUUAACGUUUUCAUUAUUGUAAUGAUGCUAUUUCACAAUAAUGUCAUCAUGGCGAUACGAUGAAGAACGAUUGGUUAAUGUAAAUAAAAGUAUAGAUUGUAUCUCUAAUCUUAUUGGUUGCAAAAUGUAACCAGUAAUAAACUAUAUGAUGUCAUUGCAGACGUUAUAGAAACCAAGUGCCAGUAAAACAUUUUUUUUAUCUGAAUGCUUUUUUUAACUAUACAUGAUAUUUUCUGACGUGACUGAUCACAUGAUACGGAAUCAUUCUCUCAUCAAUAAAAAUCAUAUUGUUCUUCAUGAA